GGGCAAAAAAAAACCAAGCUUCAGGUUAUUGUAAAAAUUUAACCCUACAUCUCAUCUCUCAUUUUCACCGCUUCUCCUUCCCCGAUCUCUCUCCAAGGCAUGCUAUCAUUCGGUUCUUCAUAGUUCAUUACAGCGGCUAUCAAACUAGGAUCCAUUACUAUGUCAUCUUCGGCACACCAGAAGACUUGUCAAUUUGUUUCCAGGAGUUGAUUGAAGAGCUUGUUUAUUACCUUAAUCAGGUUAGUAUGCUGCUAGUUUUAGUUGUUUAGACCAUUUAAAAAAUUUUUAUACAAUAAUAUAAACUACUUAGAGUGUAACUAACAACUCAUGCACUUUAAAAUAAAAUAAGUGGGAAGCUGCCAAAACCGAAACUGAAAAGAUGCUUUUGAAAUUGAAUUCAUAAGAUAAGGGACACUUUAGUAAGACAUCUAUAUCUUGUUAUUGAUAUCAAUUACCUCACUGGAUCGUAUGCUUUUCGAUACUCUUGACUGCUUCACAUUCAAAUAAAUGAGUUUUUAAUCAAGGAAGAUGGAUUAGUAGUUUACACUCAUUUUCAGCAAUAAAAGCCUUAUUAUGCAUACUCAAUAUAAAAAAAAAGUCAAAAGUUACCACUGUGUAUGAGCUUAAGUUAUUAAAUAAGUUGGUUAAGUACUUAAGUACAUUAUUUUAAAGCUAACCCAAAAUCUGUAUGCAGUGGUCCUAAUAGCUGGCAAACACAAAUGAAAAGUUGGAAUCUGAACUAGCCAAUUGUGGUCCUCCAAUUAUUGUUAAUUGUGUUGUAUUGAUUGGUCUCACCUGAUUUUGCUUUGCUUUGCUUGUUAGUGUGUCGUGUUGGCAUUUUCACUAUAUCAUAGCUAGUGUGUAAUUUACUAAGUGACCUCUUAUGUGAUUGUUUGUUAUGAAUGACCGAUUAGAUUUUGCAUGUUUAGUUUCAUUUUAAUAUUAGAGAAAUUGCUUCCACCAACCAUCAUGCAAGAGAUGAUGGAUAAAGAUUGGGUGUGGCUUCACGGGUAAGAAUAUUAUCUUAGUUUAUUAGUCCACUAGUAUUAAAAAAAAUGUAGAUGUAUAACUAGAUAUAGCAUGUGCUUGUUCUUGCUAUUCUGAAAAUCAUAGAUCCACUCUCGAGUACCAACAAAAAGCAUUAAAGUUUGUGCAUACGGCUGAAAGGAAUCUGGGAUAUCCUGCAAGGAUGUUCUGCCCUUGCAAAGAUUGUCGUAAUAUGAGCCAUCAAGAUGGGAGUACUAUAUUUGAACACUUGGUUACUAAGGGGAUGGACCUUUCAUACCGAAUGAAGCCAUGUUGGACUAAACAUGGAGAAAAAAAAGAAACUAAUGAGAUGCUUGGUUCUGAAACUGCUAGUGACGAGACUUAUAAUUUAUUCAAAGCUGCCUACUUUAUGGAUGGAGGACUUUCCCAGGCAAUACCUAUUGAUGAACCCACAAGUCGUAAUAGUGAUGAUGAAUUCAUGAAGAAGCUCGAAGAAGCACAAACUCCUUUGUAUCCAGGAUGCGAAACAUACACAAAGUUGUUAGCUAUUGUAGAUUUGUAUGGUCUUAAGGGUCGAAGUGGAAUUUCGAGUAAAUUUUUUAAUGAGCUAUUAAGUAUAAUUCAGCGCAUGUUGCCAAAGGAAAAUGUUUUGCCAGAUUCAGUUGCAUCAAUCAAGCGCUUCUUCAAGAGAUUUAACAUGGGGUAUGAAAAGAUUCAUGCUUGUGUGAAUGAUUGUUGUCUCUUUAGAAAAGAGUAUGCAGAUUUGGAUAAUUGUCCGAAAUGCGGCGCAUCACGGUGGAAGACAAAUAUGCGUACUAACCAAAUACGACAAUUCAUUUGGGUAUGAGUCCUAAACUCCAUGGUAAGUGCAAGCGUUUAGAUUGGUGUGGAAAUGAUGAGGUUGUAGCUGAAGGACACUUGUGCUCUAGUGAUCCAAAAGGGCUUGUUAAUAAUGCUCCUCUUGGACCUAAUGCAAUGGAAGUGAUGGUCGACAUUACAAAAUAAACCAGAUGCUUUUCUUUGGAGGCCUACAUCUAAGAUGUUAUGCAUGAAACAAGCUGUUGGUAAGACAAUUGCAUGGCCAGUUGAUAAGGUGGUGAGGCAGAUUACUCAAAAUUCUGAAAAUGAAGAUAAUACCUCCUUAAAUAUGGGUACAAAUAUGAGCCAUAUCAGGUGUACGAUAUUCAAUUGGGCUGGAAAAGAUGAAAUUGUUGCUCAAGGUUAUUGGAUUUCUAGUGAUCCAAAAAUGAUUGUUAACGGUAUUCCACUCGGACCUAAAGCCAUGAUUGUGUGGAUUGAUGACAUUAUAAAGCCUGAAUGUUUUUUGUGGAGACCUACACUAGACAUGACAUCCAUCAAAGAUGUUAGUGGAACCAAAAUAGCAUGGCCUAGUGAUAAGGUUGUAUUAGAAAAUAUCUCUAAUCACAUCAAUUUGCAGUCUGCAAACAAAUCAUCAUCUUCUCAGAGUAUAAACAAUUCAAAGAAAAAGUGCAACUUGUUAGAUAUCAGUGGCUCAGGAAAGAUAGUUGCUGAAGGACAUUGGUCAUCAAGUGAUCCAAAUCAACUUGUUCACUUUGUCCCUUUAGGUCCUAAUGCAAUGAGGGUGUGGGUUGAUAUGCCUAGGAUCCCUGAUGCACUUCUUUGGAGGCCAACAUCUGAGUUGGAGUGUAUUGAAGAUGCGGUUGGUACUACAAUAGCUUGGCCAUCAAACAAAGUUGUUAUGCUUUAAUAAGCUGAAAUGUUUGGGCUCAAUUGGUGAAGAUGAAGUCAUAUGUGAUGCUGAAAAGUCACCAACUUUUUUACUACUAUGUUUGAUGUAUCACCAUCUUGGAUGAUCGAAGAGAACUUUUUAGUUUGUUUUUGUAAUAUAUUGAAUAUGUUGGAGAAUGCUAUGGAUUUAAAGUUGUGUCAAUAAGUACUUUUAAAUGAAGUAUCUAUUUGAAACUAAUUUUACAUUCAAUCUACAGUGUGAAAUGCUUUCAAUAUUAAUUUAAUAGAAUUUAAAUGAA